UACUAGGAGCGUUUGUACACAAAAUAAAAUCACGAUAAAGCAAAAGUAAGUUCGUACGACCAAUAAUUGCACGCGACAAUGGAAAUGGCAAAGAAGAAUUGGGAGUUGGAGAACAACAUCGUGACGCUCCCGGCAAGUGACGAAAUCUUUCGGUACGAUGCGGAACAGCAGCAGCGCAUCCUGACUGCGCGGCCUUGGGAAAAGGAUCCACACUUUUUUAAGGACAUCAAAAUUUCGGCCCUGGCCCUGCUGAAAAUGGUCAUGCACUCGCGCUCGGGAGGCCCACUCGAGGUUAUGGGUUUGCUGUUGGGAAAGGUCGAUCAAGACGCGAUGGUGGUGAUGGAUGCGUUCGCGCUGCCCGUCGAAGGUACGGAAACCCGCGUCAAUGCGCAGUCCCAGGCGUACGAAUACAUGACGGCGUACAUCGAAUCGGCAAAGGAAGUGGGUCGUUGCGAGAACGCCAUCGGUUGGUACCACAGCCACCCAGGAUACGGGUGCUGGUUGUCCGGAAUUGACGUCAACACGCAGAUGCUCAACCAAAACUACCAGGAACCGUUUGUGGCGAUCGUUGUCGAUCCGGUUAGAACCGUGUCGGCCGGCAAGGUGUGCCUCGGUGCGUUCAGAACCUAUCCCAAAGGGUACAAGCCGCCGAACGAAGAACCGUCCGAGUAUCAAACGAUUCCAUUGAACAAAAUCGAAGAUUUUGGGGUACAUUGCAAACAAUACUAUCAGCUCGAUGUGACGUACUUCAAGUCGGCCCUCGAUCGCAAGCUGCUCGAUUCACUCUGGAACAAGUACUGGAUGAACACGCUGGGCAGCUCGGGUAUUUUGAGCAACCCGGAUUACACGACGGGCCAGAUUUUGGACCUCUCGGAGAAGCUCGAACUGAGCGAAGCCAGUCUUGGCCGGGGUCAGUUCAUGGCCAGCGGUACGACGGACCCGAACGAAAAGCGCACCGAAGACAAACUUUCGAAGGCAACGCGUGACUGUAGCCGCGCUUCUAUCGAGCUGAUCCACGGGCUGAUGGCGCAGAUAGCGAAGCACAAGCUGUUCAAUACGGUCAAUACCGGGAAUAGCAGCAAGCCAGAGCCGAUGAACGCAAAUUAAUCUUUAGUUGUAGUAAUACCGGAAACAAUUUGAAUAAAUUUAUGCUUCACUUCUUACGAAUUUCAUACGA